AUGCCGUUGCAGCGGCCGGAUCCCGGCAGCACUGGUCCUGAUGGUGAUCUCCAGGACCAGUCACCAGUGGACGGCGGCUCCCUUGGUGCUUCGUGGCGCCCGACCUUGGACGCUUCUCUCCCGAGCAGCCGAGCGACAAGCUCGGACCCUGACGCCCACUUCGAGCCCGACGAGUUCUGGGCAUGCAGGCAUUGUGGCUCAGGCGACUACUCAUGGGAUGAGAGCAUCCUGGAAUGGCGCUGCCCCUGCUGCGGAUCGAGCGAAUUCUCUUCGCGGCCACUUGGCCCUGGCGCGGACGGCGCAUGGUUCUUCGUUCCCAGCGGCCUUUUGAGUUCUGAGUCCAAUCCACUAGUAGCACCAGGCCCAUGGCGUCGCAGCCUGGUCGACCCCUUUAUGGACCUUGUCGCCGAUCUCAUGACCCCGGACCUGGACAAUCCCAUCUACCUUUUGGUUUUGGGCAGCCGCUACAACCUAGCGGGAGGCGAAGGCGACGACGUGGAGGACCAGGUGAUCCACCAGGUGACCCACCAGGCGAUCCGCCAGGCGGCCCACGAGGUGACCCACCUGACGAACCAGACGAUCCAGAAUAUCCUCUACCAGGUCUGCCACGAGGUUCAUUCAUGGAACAGCGUGAAAGGCCCCAUGCAGGGAGUCAAGUUUCGCGGAGGACAACCUCCCUUGCCACCAGCUUGGCACUACGAUCGGAGUGACCUGGCUGCAUUUAGAAAAUGGCGCAAGCGCGUCGAGAUGUGGUCACUCCAAGUGGUGAACUAUGUCCCCAAGAAGGAGGCCGGCAUUUUGCUGUUCAACUCCCUCAAAGGCGAGCUUGAAGAAGAGCUCGAAGAUGCCGAUGUUGAGCGCAUCUACGAUGCCAAUGGAGUGGGCUUCAUAGUGAACACCAUCCAGAAGGCCGUUGAGACCCGGACGGUGCACUUGAAGCGCCAACUCCUGUCCACCUACGAGCACAUCUACCGGAAUGCCAACGAGAGCAUGAGAGCAUUCACGAACAGAUACCAAAGGACCGAAAGGUCCCUGGCCACCAUCAACAUCAAGGACGUCCUCCUCUUCCAGUGGCCAGAUCAUAAACCCCUGCCACCAGCGCUGACACCUCAUGAUCGAGGAAAAGGAGUUUCUCGACCACCGCCUCAGCACUUCCUGAACAAGAGCAAGGGGAAGGGCAAAGGAAAGCCUCAGACCAAGCAGGCCUUCGUGACCGAGGCCAAUGAGGCGGAAGAUGAGGGGCCCGAGAUUGAAGAUGACGGCGUUGAUGACACCGCCGACUACCAGGACGAGAACGAGCACGAAGAUGAAGAACCUCCUGAACAGGAGGACGGCGAUGAUGAGAAUUGGGAAGACCCUGAGGUCCAGCAGAUCCUCAGCGUCACAGCACGCAAGUUGGCGGGCGUUCUUCAAGCCCGAAAGUAUGGCAACAGCAGCACAUCAUCCAGUGCACCAAGGCGGAGCAUUGCAGACCGAAAACGAACGACACACUGCUCAGCCUGCGGACAACAAGGGCACUGGGCAGGAGACCCAGAAUGCAGCGUGAGCAAUAAAGGCAAGUCCGCAAAGGGCACUGGUAAGAGCGACAACAAGGGUGGCAAGAAUCCCAAGGUACACCUGCUGGACGCGACAAAAGCGGCCGGACACAUCAUUUUGGACACGGCAUGCCAGAUUGUUUUGAUUUUUGGAACGCCCAUCAACGAGAGAUUCACGAUGAAUGCAGUCAAGGGCACGUCCGUGAGUUCAUUUCAUACCCGCUAUCACAUCAAGCUCAAGUCACGGCGCAAGCCUCUCCGCCUCAGUCGGGGUGGAGCCCUGCUGCGGAUGCACCUCGAUCGACCUCCACCGCCUCCGUGGCUAUGGCGCUGGCGCUACCUGGUCAAGAAGGUGGUGGGCUGGGCAAGACAGGCCCACCGGUUCCUCCGACUGCCUCAACGCUCGGAGGAGACACCAUUGGCCGCUGCGAAGACCAAGGCCAAGGCCAUGAAGGCCAAGUUCAAGCCGGAGACCACCUAUCUGGCGACCACGGACUGCGAGCACCAGCACGUCAAGAGGUCAGGGAAUCGGCACGGAAGCUAUGCUCAGUGCCUGGACUGCAAGAUCAAGUGGAAGUGGAACCCCACUCUCCGAGGUUGGGAACACUUCAUCGCGGCCUCCAGUUCCUCACAAUUGCCACCGCCUUCCUUGGGCACUGUCUUGGAUCAGUCAUGGACGGGCAGCCCAACCGGCUACAAGAACACGAGCGACCAGCUGCCGCUGCCACCUUCGACGCGGGCUACCCGAGCUACAACCUCGACGAGAUCUUCGGCAAGGACCUCCGGCCCACUGCCCAAGGCCAAGGCGGGCCAGCGACAACAGAGUGUCUGGGAUUUGGUUCAAGACCACCAGAGGAGACACGGUCCAGCUUCAAGACCGACACCAGUUCAGGACACCUCUCACCUGGACCUCGAGGAGCUGCUGGAGAGCGACCUGGCGCGCUGGGAAGAGGCGGAACUGGGAGCCGACGAUCCACGACUUCCUCCGGGAUGGAACCCGGAAUGGGACGUCAUGAUCGACCAGACGCAGGAGCCACCAGUCUUGGAGGUGAGCGAAGACGACUACGACUGGGAGAACUACGGCGACUCACUGGCGUCCUGA